CAUAAAUAAAGCCAGAAGCCCGGGAGAGAUAUCUAAUAACCUCCUACAAGCACCUUAGUAUUAGUUUAUAACUUGCAAUCUCAACACUCAAAAUGUAUUCCAUCAGAAUCCAUGUCAUUCUGUUCGUAGUUUUCCUUGGAACAGCCCUUACAUCACCCAUUGCGAGCCCACAAAUCCCGAAUAUCACUCCACAGUCAACAGAUACAACAGCCAUGGCUCAAGCUGCCGCUCUUCAAGCUUCACAAGAAGCGGCCGUCAGCCCUGGCUCAAGUAGUCUGAUCAAUGGACUCCUUGCCUCCGUUUUCAUGGCCCCAGCAGUCAACAUGAAAGUCUCCGCUCUCACCAACAUUCUCACACUUUUCGAGCAAGGCAUAGCCAAAACACUUGGAGUUGACACCACCGCUUCAUCUACAACAUGCGCUCAAAUGAUGGUGAUUUUUGCCAGAGGAACAACAGAGCCAGGAAAUGUUGGCCUGUUCUCUGGACCGCCAUUCUUCGAUGCGUUGGAGGCUACAAUGGGUGCGGGUGCUGUGAGUGUACAAGGUGUGGAGUAUAGUGCUAACAUUGAGGGGUUCUUGCAAGGUGGUGAUCCAGCCGGUAGUGCUACUAUGGCAAGGAUGAUCGAGACUACUACACAGAACUGUCCAAAUGCAAAGAUUGUAAUGUCAGGCUAUUCCCAGGGUGGACAACUUGUACACAACGCUGCUGCGAUGCUACCUGUGACAACUAUGGCAAAAGUCAGUUCCGUGGUCAUCUUCGGCGACCCAAAUAAUGGUAAACCCAUUGCCAAUGUCGAUCCUGCGAAUGCCAUAGUUAUCUGCCAUGGAGUGGACAAUAUCUGUGAUGGUGGAGACUUGAUUUUGGUCGAGCAUUUGACAUAUUCCAGGGAUGCUGGUCAGGCUGCAGAAUUUGCUGCUGAUCGGGCGAGGGCAUGAUGGAAUUUUUGUUAGCAGAUGAAUAUUGGAGGGACAGGAUUUCCAGGAAGGAAACAGGAGGCGGAUGUACCAGUAGCUUGCAGUGUCAAUAGCGCUGGAGUUGGGCAAGCAAUGUGGCGAUUUAGCGUGCUUUAUUAUUUUAUAUGCAAUCAUGAAUCACGAGUUAAACGG